GAUACCACGUGGUGGUGGGUGAGUUCCUUAGGUUUCUUUCUCGCGUGGCUUCCGCAGCGCUGGGCCCAGGCCGUGUUUGGCGAUCUUAAACUGUGAGGUUUUUGUUCGAGAAAUAAAAAGAAAUCCGCGCGAAGUAGCCGGCCACCUCCCGUUCGAACGGAGCCGCCGCCGCCGCCGCGAUGUCGAGCUACAAGAAAGCGAUGAAGUCCAAUCAGCGGGAGCACCGCGAGCGGUCUCAGCCUACGGCUCGCCGGGGGCUGGGCCUGUUGGAGAAAAAGAAGGAUUACAAGCUGCGGGCUCAAAACUGGCACCGCAAGCAGGACUUCCUGAAGGGGCUGCGUCGGAAGGCGCUCGACAAAAACCCCGAUGAGUUCUACUUCAAGAUGACGAGCACCAAGCUCAAGGACGGUGUUCACUUAAAGAAGAAUCCGGCCGACGAGGAGACGACACCUGACCAACUGAAGCUCAUGAGGACCCGCGACCUGCGCUACGUGGAGAUGAAGAGGGUAGCAGAGGCCAAGAAAAUCGAGCGGAUGAAAGGGGAGCUGCACCUGCUGAACGCCAACGGAAAGCAGCGGAAUCGCCACACGUUCUACGUGGACACCAAACAGGACGUGGAACAAUUCAAUCUGGCCGAGCGGCUUCAGACGGCGCCGGAGCUGGUGCGGUGCGUGUACAACCGGCCCAGGCUGGACACCCUGCGCACCGCCACCCUGCAGGGAGUCACCGACAAAAAUACCAUCAAGAAUCUGGCCCGCCAGCGCGCCCGUGAGUACCGCAACCUGGAGAGGAGGAUCGUGCGCGAGUCCACGCUGUUCGUCACCCAGCAGAAGAUCCAGACGAGGAUGGACCUCAUGGACAAGCGGCAGAAAAUCAAGGUGAAGGCUGAGACCAAGACGUCCGCGGCCGUGUACUGCUUCAAGACCGAGCGCAAGCGCUGACAUCGCGAGUGCGGUUUGCUCGGUCGCAGCCGUCUGUCGGCUGCGAGCCACGACCCCGGCCGUGUAGCCACGACCCCGGCCGUGUAGCCGCAACCCCGGCUGUGUAGCCGCGACCAUGUUUAAACUGGGGGGGGGGGCGGGAGGGGUUGCAUAACACAGUCAAUGUUAGAUAAACCUUAAAUAAAUGUUCGAUGCUAUGA